AUGUCCCAUGUUCGGGUUCCCCCCGAUGGUUCUCUCGGGGACGAAAGCUCCGGCUCACCAGAGUCCCCCUUCAUAUGGACCAGGCCAUAUGUCCUUCCAAGGCUGCUGGGAACCUACAUCCCGGAGAAGCUCAUCGGUCUGGAACAACAGCUCAAGACUGUUAAGCUGCAUAUUUUGGGAACUGCUCGGCAUGGGAUAUCAUCUACGCUACUUAUCAGGGGGCUCCGUGGGUCGGGAAAGACUCAACUGAUUGGCCUAGCUAUUGCCCAAGCAACGCGAGAACUAAAUAGUGAUUUAGACAACAAUACUUUACCCCAUAUUAUUCAAGCGGAUGCCAUCUCCGUUGACCCAUUGCAGCUAUGCUCAAGAAUAUGCUCUGUGCUGGACGAAGGCUUCGAUCCUAAGAAGAGAGCGGCAAGGCAUUUACUACUUGAAAAGGCUAUGGAGUUGCUUGUUAAUGGAGGACCAAUUGUGCUAAUCAUAGAGAAUAUUGAUAACUAUCUGGCUUCAGGCUCUUUUCUAUACAAAUUAUUUGAUUUAUGUCACUCUGAGACACGCACGAUUUGCGCUAUCUACACCACGCGCGUAUACAAAUUUGUGUCGUCACUACCCAUGCGUGUUCAGUCCAGGUUCACGUAUGAGCUUGUGGACACUAUGCAGAACCUAUCACUUGCACCGAUCCCGACAGGCCACAAUCUCAAAGAAUUAGCACAUAAAGCAAGCAUAAGCUUUUUGAGACAGUUCAUACUAGAUAGGCUCACUCUCGCUAUCCCUGAUAGUCACCCUUUAUCAGCUGGAUCCCCUGAGCCCACUCUCAAGAAGGUUGUAGACAAACAAUCUUUACUAUCAAUAGAAUCUUCUAAACUAUUUGACGUGAUAGCUUGGAAUGAUGCACUAGAAGAAAUUCUGAGGUCUCCCGAGAUAGAAGAUACCUUAUCAUGGAUAGUUUCUCUAAUACGUGAUUGCUACCUCUAUCUGCAAUUGACAUCAGCGAUCUACUUGAGCUUUAUGAGAUGCCCCAAGAAGCCUUCUGUAGAUGCAUUCAACCAUGCUGCAGUUUUAUAUAUUCAAUCUUCUCAUCCAGAUCAGCAAGCGCAAGCGCUCGAGGGUCUUUCGAAUGAAGCAUGCUAUCUUUUGGGUGCAAUAAUAGAUUAUUGCAGAUGUCAGAACAGCCCCAUGUUUACUCUUUCAAAUGUUAUCAGCGCAUUCAGCUCUGGAAAAGGAGCGCACUUAUCUACGCAAAUGUAUCAAUUAAUGCAAGCAUCAAUCUUCGAGCUCAUUGAUGGAAAGAUCGUCGUUAAACGUCAAAGUAGUUGGAGGCUUGUUGUUCCAAUGCCGAAGAUACUUGAGUUUUCCAAGCGCCUUCCUGAAAGCAUACGCAUUCUAUUCUGA